CGCGUAGCAAAGAAGCAAAAAAUUUGGCUGUCUCUUUUUCACACGCUCACUGCCCUGUCUCUCUCUCACUGUCUGUGUAAAAUCAAAAAAAUCUGAAAUUUCGGAGCAUUCCUCUGCAAAAAUUAGGGAUCUGAAGAUGAAUCGGCACCACGACCCGAAUCCGUUUGACGAGGAAGAAGUGGUUAAUCCUUUCUCGAAUGGAGCUGCUGGUCCCAGAUCAAAACCACACAUUUCACCUUUGGGAUCUGAAACCCUAGGCUUUGGGCAGAAAUAUGAUGCAACGGUGGAUAUACCAUUGGAUACAUUGAAUGAUUCUAAGAGCAAAGAGAAAGAGCUUGCAUCUUGGGAAGCAGAUCUCAAAAGGAGGGAAAAGGAAAUAAAGCGGAGAGAAGAUGCUGUUGCUAAAGUUGGUGUUCCCAAUGAUGGUCGAAAUUGGCCUCCAUUUUUCCCCAUAAUUCAUCAUGAUAUAGCCAACGAAAUACCAGUCCAUGCACAAAGGCUGCAAUAUUUGGCUUUUGCAAGUUGGUUAGGUAUAGUUCUUUGUCUUGUUUUUAAUGUAAUCGCUGUGAUUGCAUGCUGGAUCAAAGGCGGGGGUGUCAAAAUUUUUUUCCUUGCAACAAUCUAUGCUCUACUUGGAUGCCCCCUUUCGUAUGUGCUGUGGUAUCGGCCUCUCUAUCGUGCUAUGAGGACAGACAGUGCCUUGAAUUUCAGCUGGUUUUUCUUGUUCUAUCUGCUUCAUAUCGGUUUUUGUAUUUUUGCUGCUAUUGCACCCCCGAUCGUCUUUCAUGGGAAGUCAUUGACGGGAAUCCUUGCAGCAAUUGAUGUCUUCUCUGACCAUGCAUUGAUUGGGAUAUUCUACUUAGUUGGCUUUGGCUUGUUUUGCUUGGAGUCACUUCUAAGCUUAUGGGUACUUCAGAAAAUCUACAUGUACUUCAGGGGGAGCAAGUGAGAUGUGAUUCUGGGGUUGCUGCUUGUCAACAUGGCUUAGUAUAUUCAUUGGUUGUUUCAUUGUGAUUGUGAAUUAGAUUCAAAGAUCAAUAUUCUAUUAGGUAAAGUGGUUUGAGUUUAGGGAGAGAAAGGAAGUGGUGAGGAAAGAGAGAGUAUGUGAGAAAGAACGUGGCUUUUCUUGAUUCAAUUAGUUUAUUAAUGAUAUUCCCAAAUAAUAAUAGAUUGUUACCAAUUGAUUUAGAAUUUAAAGAAUCAAAAAUAACUUUG